AUGGGUUCCGAAGCUGAAAACGGGCCUUUUGUGCCUGCCUUGAUUGUGGUUGACAUGCAAGAAGACUUCUGUCCACCUAAUGGGUCUUUGGCAGUACAAGAUGCACGCUUAAUAGCACCUCUGAUCAACUCACUGCUUGCCCAGCCAGGCUUCGUGUCACGUAUCGCUACUCAAGAUUACCACCCGGCAAACCAUAUCUCCUUCGCUAGCAACCACCCCGCCCCAAACAACCGUCCAUUCGAAUCAUUCAUUGAAAUGACGAAUCCCAACCCAGCUCCAGGCCAAGACCCAGAGACCAAGCUUCAGCAACUGUGGCCUGUGCACUGUGUGGAGGGUACGUCCGGCGCGGAUGUUAUUCCCGAGAUCGAGGCCGAGCGUUUCGAUUUAGUGAUCCAGAAGGGCAGACACUCGCAGGUCGAGAUGUACUCUGCCUUUGCCGAUGCCUUUGGAAAUCUCGAUCCUACUGUGACGAGACAGUCUGUGACUGUGGAUAUUACCUCUGAGCUCCAGGCCAAGGGAGUGACGGAUGUCUUUGUGGUUGGAGUAGCGGGGGAUUACUGUGUGAAGUCCACGGCCAUUGAUGCUGUCAAGGCUGGAUUCCGAAGCUGGCUGAUUGAAGAAGGCACAAAAUGUGUUAAUCCUGCUGGCUGGGAACAAGUCAAGGAGGAGCUGAGCAUUGCGGGGGGUCUCGGUCAUUCAUGCAGGUGA